AUGAAUCAGCUAGCUCAAAGGGGAAAAAUCCUUCACCAUUUUUGCCGUUUGGCAUCUUCUGCAGCUCCAAAAACGUCAACCGGAAUCGAGCAUGCAGAAAGCUACAAGAAGUCGGGACUUGCCAAGCCGGCAGAUCCAAAGCUCUACACAUGUGGAACCGACUAUUUGCACUAUAACAAAUAUUCUUAUUACGACCUCGAAUCAACAAUGUCUGGUGGCCGAGUAACGCAGCCAACAAAUUCUAAGCCCGACACUCCACCGCGUAUGAAA